AUGGUUAAUCGUGCAUUUCGAGCCAUGGAUGUGGAUAUGAUCAUUAAAAUGGGCUUUUUCAUUGCUGAUUUCGAUCGUCAAAUUCAACAAUUGUAUUCUACACAACUUAAUAAAAAUCAGUUUAAUAAUCAUUUUAUGGUCUAUCGUGGACAAGGCAUGUCUAAAGAAGAUUUCGAACAGUUGAAAAAUAAUCAAGGUGGUCUUAUGUCAUUUAAUAAUUUUUUAUUUACCAGUAUGAACUAUAACGAUUGUUUAAAAUUUGCUAAACGUGCCAUGAACACUCCUGAUUUAGUUGGAAUUCAGUUUGCCAUGUCAAUUAAUCCUUCUCGAUCAUCAGUACCGUUUGCUUCUGUUAAAGACGUAAGCUAUUAUAAUGAUUCCGAUGAUAUUAUUUUCUCAAUGAAUACAGUUUUUCGUAUUCAUACUAUAAAAUCCAUUGAAAAAAAUAAUCGUCUAUUUCAAGUGGAUAUGGAACUUACUUCAGACAC